CUCCCACUCCCCUGGCGUCCUUGGUCCUCCAUGGCCUCUCCAGUCCCAGGGGAGAUGCUCCGCAGAACCAGUCGCCCUCUGAGAAGGAAGGCAGGAGCAGGUGCACCCCAUCCGGGGCCCCAGGGGAAGACCAGGCUUGCAGCUGUGAGGGAAGACGGUUGAGCUGUGGAUGCCAACCACAGCAGGGCAGUUGGCCAAUGGCCCGCUGGGAGAGAGCCCCCCGGAGUAACAGCCAUGGGCCUUGGAGAGAAGGUUCAGGCAGAGGACCAGGCCACUUGGGCCACAGAACACUGGGAUACCCACUGCCAGCAAGAAAGACCAGGGUACCCACUGUAUCUCCUCCAGGGAUCUCCAGGCUGCAGGUCCUUUGACCCUGAAGGCAAAUGAGGCCAGGGACAGGUCAGGUGGGCUCUGAGGCCCCCUGGGGGCAGAGACCUGGCCCCAAGUCAUGCUGGCCCCUGCUGCUGCUGGGCUUGGCUGUGGGUGCCCAGGGCCGGCUGCCCCCCAAGACAGUAGCCCCACCGAACAGCACCCCAGAGCCCAGAGCCCCAGCAGGAAGCAGCUCUCGGAGCCUGUGGGACAGGUUCCUAUUCUGGCCCGGGCCCCACGGGGCAGGCCCCAGGUGCUGGCCUGGUGGAUUUUGGCCUGAAAAUCAGUCACCCUGGUAUGUUUUCAGUGACGGAACCCAGCUCACCGUCCUAGGUCAGCCCAAGUCUACACCCUCGGUCACGCUCUUCCUGACAUUCUCUGAGAUCAUGGCCAACAAGGCCACCCUGGUAUGCCUCAUCAGUGACUUCUACCCUAGCAGCAUGACAGUGGCCUGGAAGGCAGAUGGCAGCCCCGUCACCCAAGGCGUGGAGACCACUAAGCCCUCCAAACAGAGCAACAACAAGUACGCGGCCAGCAGCUACCUGAGCCUGUCGCCUGACAAGUGGCAAUCUCACAGCAGCUUCAGCUGCCUGGUCACGCACGAGGGCAAAACCGUGGAGAAGAAGGUGGUCCCCUCACAGUGCUCUUAGGUCCCCGACACCCUCCCCCACCCAGCGGGGCCUGGAGCAACAAGACCUCCAGGACGAUCUACCCUCACCAGGGUCAUCCCAGCCCUUCUCCCUGUAUCUAGUCAACACUCAAUAAAAUGCUCUUUAUUCAAUCAGAAA